CAAGUCUCUUCCAUUUCUCAUUGGCACUGCCUGCCUUUCUUGAUUAAGUCCCUUCACUUGGAGACCAUGAAAGCCUAGAUGCUUUUGAUGGAUGGUCACGUGUAGACUGCUACAUGAGAUUAUUAUGGGGUCGUCUUGAGAGGUGCUCCCAGACACGAUGUCUCUUACCGUCACUGUAUGGCCAAGCGCGCGCCCAUAUACCUUGGUCGAAUUUAGCCAAUGUUGCUAGAACAGCUUUACCACGACGAUGGCAUCCAUCACAUAACCGACCUUUGACGACAACCUCGAAAUCAAUAUCGGAUCAUGAACCGUGCGAGCCUAGAGAUGACUGUUUUUCUGCCGCUGUCUCAGAGCAGCCUCAUUCAGAUGAUGCACAAUGGGAGAGCCUACUGGAUCGUGGACUGGCAUACGGUAUCAAAACCCGGGAUCAGCUGCGCUUCGAGGCAGAUGUAGGCCAUACAUCGUUUGUUGGCUGUCGUCUAGUUGACAAGCCUUCCCAUCGUCACGAAAUAGAGCUUUGGGAGAUUCUCUUGGUUGCUCAAGCUCUGCAAAACGGCCACGAAGGGAUCAAAGCUAUAUGGAGAGGGAUGAAAUUUCGAGGGGAAGCAUUUCGAUUUGAAGGAGAUGAUCCCCGUAUUGAAGCUCUAUGGAAGACCUUCCUCUCCGCUGGUUCCGAAGACCAUCGCUUUCUCUGGUCAAUCUGCAAGGAAGCUAAACAUUUGAAAUACAAACGCCCAAGACUAUUUGCAGAGAUCGUUGGAGCUGCAUUAGAAGGCCCGCACCCUCUGGAAGCCUAUCAAUUUGCAUCUUUCGUCGGUCAAAAGCAUUACAAGGGGCGUGAGGAUCUCCUCGCGGCCUUCUUCGCUGCCUGUCGCUCGAAGGAAGACAAUGCGCUGAGAGGCUUCUGCACUGUCUAUGAUGUGGUUCCCAGGACUCGCAUCUACGCUGAAGUCACUUCUCAUUUGUGGAGUCAAGACCGGUCGUCCGAUGCCUUCAUGAUGCACUCUUUUUUGAUCACAAGGAGCGACUUGCCACCGCGGUUCGAGCUACUUGAACCCUACAUCAACUACUUAGCGCUGCACAACGAAAGCCUCGAGAGAUUUCUGUUGCCGCUCAACCAGGCUGGAGCCUCCUUUGAAGCCCAGGCGCGAAGAUUAUGGUCAAUCGGCAGAAGCAGAAUCACUGGUGUACCUGCAGAUUCUCUCAAUAUCGUGGCAAGCAAGACUAUGGGGUCAGCUCCAGCGAAACUCAGCGAUCAAUUUGUCGCCCGUGCAUUUGCCACCCGGGCUUUCUCCUUCGAUUUUGCAGUCAACAGUCUGAGAAUGAUUGGGCUGAUUGAGGUUGGACCGCUGGCCGUCCGUCAAAUGGCUCUGGCUGCACCAGAUCUAGAUACUUUACAAGCCCGCUUCCAGAAACUCCGCGACCUCGAGAUUGACACCGGCUCUUCUGUUUUUGUCCGGAUACUCAGAGACGUCUGUGAUGCGGGCCAUUGGGAGAUGGUCCAGGCGCUUGUGAACAACGAUUUACAUCACGAGGUGUUCGAGGAUAUCGAGCUACAGAAGCGGCUCUUGACGGAAUACUACCGCACCAAAGACUGGGGACAACUCAAUCGUACGCUCGUGAUUCUCAACGACGGAAAAUUCGAUAACUAUUCACGUAGCCGAUCAACCAACUUCUUAUUGAGAGCAAUGAUGGAAGUAGGCGACUGGAAGAGUGUCGUAAACUGUGUGGCGACUUUACAAGAGCACGGGUUGCAUGUCUCUUCAUCCUUCCCUCAAUUCGUCGUCUCUCUAUUUCGAACCACUAAACAACUCACGGUUGGCGGCGAUAGAGGGGAUGUGGACAAAAUUGGAUUUCUGAUAGGGUUGAUGCAGAACAUCCUCGCUUCAGGAACAAACUUCAAGAUCGGGUUCUGGCGGGCGCCGAUAAAGGCACUCGGUCGGCAAGGACGUCUCAAAGAGCUGGAGUCACUGGUCUACUGGAUUGCGGAGUGGUACCGAAGCGGAGGACUCAACGGACAAGUUCUCCAAGUCCCAAUGUCCGGCUCGGGCACGAACCUGAAUGCCCUUUUCGACGACAAGUUCCAAAAGUCGCUCAUGUCGUGGUGUUUCCGACCUCGCAAAGGGAUGGGAGCUGUUUCUCCUGAACGCUGCCUAAGGUGGACCCGUAUGCUCAAAAGGCUCCGAGACGUAUACGGCGUGGAAGUCAAGGAAUAUGUCAUCCGUUGGGAGUUUAUCAACCGCCUACGACGGCUUUUCGCCGCGGGAAUGCGUCUCAAGGCUCCCAACGCGUGGAUGCGCUCCAGAAACCGCACCUCGCUCACACGGUACUGGGCUCUGUACGACAAGAUGUGGGACAUGAAACCAGCUGGUCGAGUCAAGUACGAUGACCGGAAUACGGUCAGCCUCUACCAUCGCAGACUGAGCCCGGUGAAGAGGAGGCGUUUGAUAAGUCACUGGUCGAGGAGGAGGGCAGAACGAGCGUUGAGCCGGGGAGCACAGCUUGGGAAUGGCCAGAACAACGGGAAAGACGACAUUGUUGUGUACAGAGAUCUCUUUAAUGCGUCCUGGGAGGACUAUAGAAAGUGAAUUGCGGGUCAAAUAAUGUGAAUCAUUGAAUCUCAAAAUCAA